AAUUUACAGGUGUUUCAAGGAACACUGAAGAUAGCAAAAGAUAACGGAAUGUUAUGCGACAUAGACGAGAGUCUGCUAUUUCCCAAUGUCAACAAGUUAUACAAGGUUAGCAAUGCUUUCUCUCUGGACCUCUACAAAAUGUUCAAAGAAGGAAACGCUAGUGAUGAGGCUGUAGUUGAGGCAUUGCAAGAGUUCUCCAAGAAGUUUCAUCACCCUUACCAGCGGUACUGCUUAAACUACACUAGAGCUGUUAAAUACCUUAAAACUCUCAAAAAGGAAAGAAGCGAUUUUAGGGAGUAUGAAAAGUUAUGCUUGGAGGAUUCAAGAUGCAAGAAGCGUCAACUCUCGGACCUGCUUAUCUGCCCGAUGCAGCAUCUUAUGAGAUACGUCAUACUCCUGCAGGAUAUACAGAAACAUGUGCCUGAAGAUGGCCGGGACGAUUUGCGUGAAACUAUUGAAGCUAUUCAGGAAUCCUUACGCUCGUUGGAGUCGAAGCUGGCAACGCUUCAAAACUUCCAGAGACUUCAGGAAUUGGACAACAUCCUUAUUUGGCCUAAAAUUGAUACUAUCGACAAAUCGAUAGUUAUACCUGAGGAACUAAAGGAGAUAAUAUCAGAGGAUCAGUCGACACUCUGUUCAGAUGGGAGACAUAUCCUACACGCUGGUGCUUUACUGUUACUCGAGAACCCGAAAUCUUCUGAGACGUAUUGCUUUCUGUUUAACGAUAUGCUACUCAUAGCCAGAACUAAUUCAACUAUGCGAAAACGGUAUAACAGCAAAUUAGAACAGCUGGUAUCACCAUCAAGUUCAUCUGACGCAUUCGACACGAGCGGAGGAUUGUACGAUCCCGACCAGAGGUAUAUCGUGUAUAAACAACCUAUAGCACUGGACGAGACCAGAGUUCACGAUAUCACCACUUCUCCCGGUGGAUGUAGGCACUGUUUCGCAGUAACUACUUAUAACCGAUUAAAAUGUUGCACUGGACUUUAUACUUUUAACGCCGUUUCUGCCGACAACAAGCGACAAUGGAUCGAGAAACUCCGGAAAACGUCUGAAGAUUUCCGCACGAGUAACCCAGCGACCCCCAUAAACCGGCGCCCUCGAGUAGACAGUAUGCACAUAAAUAACGGCGACAGUAUCAGCCUUAACUCGGGUAACAGUAGUUUUAACGAGAACCCUGACACUCCCACCGGCCUGCCAGGCUCAAACAAGAAACCUGCUCAUUCUCAGUCCUUUAAAUCAAACAACUCAGUUUCAGUCCUGCAGAAGAUUCCUAAGCGUUGCCGGUCGGCCUCAUGAAGAUUCAGAGCGAUGUUGUUUAUAGCCUAGCUGAACUAGGUAUUUGGUAUAAUUUCACAAGAGAGAGAGAGAGGUCGCUGAUAGACUCAGAGCCUUUUGGUGCGGUGUCAGAAUUUGUAUUUUUGUACGACAAUCAUCAACGACCAUGAUCAAUGGCGUCAACAUCAUCAUCUCCUUUUACUUUUUUUACUAAACUAUAUUACUUUCACCUCGAUGAGCUUUUAUCUGAUGUUCUUUUAUAUUCAUGUUCAGUGUUCCCUGCAAAGGAUCGGGAUGACUCUUAUACCCCUGGCAAUUUACCUGUCCUCCACUGAUAAACUGAAACAUUAGUUCGCAAUCAACAAUUGAAAAUCAACGUUCGUUGGUAUAGCAGAUUUUAUUGAAUUUCUACUUUUGAACCAAGCUGGUUUUUUGAAAUGCUGGUUAAUUAUGUUUUCAUUUUGGAACUGUUAAUCGGAUUCAGUCAGAUCUUAACCAAAAUAAAUCAUAUUUUACAAAUCUAGGUACUCAACAUGACUUUAUAAAAUU